AUGACGUCGUCCGGCGGCGCGGAUUACGGCGCGUCAGGCGGCGGCGGAAGCUGGGUAGCGCUCCUCCGCGCGCUUCUCGCGCAGGAGGAGGUAUUAUUCGGCCUCUUAAUCGCCGGCAGCGCGACGCAGGCCUGGUGGCAGCUCUACGGCGUGUCGCGCUCGCUCAAGGCGCUCAAAUCCGCGCGCGAAACGACCAUCGCGGAACUCAACGGGAUUCCGCCGGCGGGCGGCGGAGGCGGAGCUUCGGAGUUUCCCCGCGCGGCCGGGGGAAAGGCUGGCGGAAGCGGCGGGUGGCGGCGGUGGUUCAGGCGCGCGCCGGAGCAGGCCAGCGGGACAGGCGGGGGGGGAUUUGACGGGGCGGGGAAAGGGUCUGGGGCGGUGGGGGGAGGGCAGGGGUCAGGGAUAGAGUUGGGCUCUCCUCCAGCUGCUGGAGCUGGGCCAGGCUGCUCUCCGCUGCUUCCAGUGCAUGGCGCCAAGCAGCCAUGCGCUGUGGUGGAGCGGUCAGAUGUGAUGCUAUACUCGGAGCUGCACCCGCCUGCUGGGCUGGGUCACCUAUUCAUCCCCCUCGCCUUACCUAUCAUCCCCCUUCGCCUUAACCUAUCAUCCCCUCGCCUUGGCUAUCAUCCCCCUCGCCUUUACCUAUCAUCCCCCUCGCCUUACCUAUCAUCCCCCUCGCCUUACCUAUCAUCCCCUCGCCUUACCAUCAUCCCCCUCGCCUUACUAUCAUCCCUCAUCCUCGCCUUACCUAUCAUCCCCCUCGCUUACCUACAUCACCCCUCGCCUUACCUAUCAUCCCCCUCGCCUUACCUAUCAUCCCCCUCGCCUUGGCUAUCAUCCCCCUCGCCUUACCUAGCAUCCCCUCGCCUUACCUAUCAUCCCCUCGCCUUACCUAUAUCAUCCCCUCGCCUUACCUAUCAUCCCCUCGCCUUACCUAUCAUCCCCCUCGCCUUACCUAUCAUCCCCCUCGCCUUACCUAUCAUCCCCCUCGCCUUACCUAUCAUCCCCCUCGGCCUUACUAUCAUCCCCCUCGCCUUACCUAUCAUCCCCCUCGCCUUACCUUCCCCCUCGCAGUCGGCUAUCCUUCUCCCCACCUUCCCUGUCCCCCCCAACGCCUCACUCUCCUGCCCUCUCCCUUGCCUGCUCCAGCUGAUACCUCUGAUAUUGUCCUCGCCUCAUCUCUCCUCUUCUAUCCAUCUUCCCCGAUUUCUCCUCUCCUCCCCCCCCCCCCGCUUCAACCGUCCCUUUCUCUCUAGCAGAUACCUCACACCUGUCAGCGCCACGUGCGACAUCUCAUUGGUGGGCCUGCGGACGGACGAGAGGGUGCUGCCAAUCAAUCACGAGCUGACAGCUGUCGGCCAUGUGAGGCGAGGAUCCGACGGUCGGCCUGCCAUCUUCGCUUCGCCCAAGUUCCCCUUCUUCCUCUUUCCAGAGACCAAGGCGGGCAUGAUUCAGAAGCCGAAGCAGCGGUGGGGAGCACUGCUGGGGUGGGGAGGGCUGGGGUGCAUGUUAACGGCCAAUCUCUUAUAUUACCCCUUUCUCCCAUCUUUUUCCAGCUUCCCAGAGUCCAAGGCGGGCAUGAUGCAGAAGCUCAACCAGCGGUGGGGGUCGCUGCUUGGAUGGGGAGUGCUGCUGUCUGCUGCCGCUGCAGGCGUCAUCGGCCUUGCUGUGUGGAAGACGUACCGUUGCCCGCAGGCCAGGCGGCAGCGGCGGCAGCAGAUGGAGCAGGCAGAGCUGGAAACGAUGCUCUCUUCUGGCACUGCUGCUCUGCUCCCACCCCUUCCUCACUUCCCCCCCUCUCCAUCUCCUCUCCUCAUACACUAUCAGGACGUAUCGCCGCCGGCAAGUCAGGCGGCAGCGGCGGCAGCAGGUGGAGCAGGCAGAGCUGGAAAGGUGGAUGGCGAUUCUCCUCGAGAGGCAGCAGCAGACCGCAUCACCUCCUCCUCUCCUCCCCCUUAUUCCCAUCAGGACGUACCGGCGCCGGCAAGCCAGGCGGCAGUGGCGGCAGCAGUUGGAGCAGGCAGAGGUGGAAAGGUGGAUGGCGAUUCUCCUCGAGAGGCAGCAGCAGACCGCAUCACCUCCUCCUCUCCUCCCCCUUAUUCCCCAUCAGGACGUACCGGCGCCAGGCAAGCCAGGCGGCAGUGGCGGCAGCAGUUGGAGCAGGCAGAGCUGGAAAGGUGGAUGGCGAUUCUCCUCGAGAGGCAGCAGCAGACCGCAUCACCUCCUCCUCUCCUCCCCCUUAUUCCCCAUCAGGACGUACCGGCGCCGGCAAGCCAGGCGGCAGCGGCGGCAGCAGUUGGAGCAGGCAGAGCUGGAACGAUGGAUGGGGAUUCUCCUCGAGAGGACAGCAGCAGACAGCAGGAACAAGGAGGAAUGGGAGCAGGAGGAAGAGCAGGAGCAGCAGGAAACAGGAGCAGCAGGAACAGGGGCAGCAGGAACAGGGGGCAGGAGUAA